GUAAUAAAUGAUGCAGCUGAAGAAAAUGCACCAGAGUGUGCUAUAAUUCAACCAUCUAUUUCUACACUGCCGCCAGUUCUACCUGUGAUACCUGUUACAGAUUCUGGAAUCAUUCCAAAAGUACACAAUGUUGUGAGCUCAGUAGACCUGUGCUGUAAAUUAGAUUUGCGUAAAAUUGCUUUUCGGUUACGCAAUGCUGAAUACAAUCCGAAACGAUUCCAUGCUGUUGUAAUGCGUAUACUGCAACCUCGAACAGCUGCCUUAAUUUUUGCUAGUGGGAAAAUUGUUGUAACUGGAGCUAGAAGAUCUAAUCGCUGCAAAGGAAAUAUCAGGCUUAUUCAGAAAUUAGGAUUUAAUGUGAGAUUCAAAAACUUUAAAAUUCAAAAUAUGGUUGCAAGCUGUGAUGUAAAAUUUCCUAUUCAAAUUGAACGACUCUACACAAGUCAUUCUCAGUUUGCAAGCUAUGAACCAGAAUUAUUUCCAGGAGUCAUAUAUAGAAUGACAAGGCCCAGGCUUGUUUUACUUAUAUUUGUUUCUGGAAAAAUUGUUUUGACAGGAGGAAAAGCCAGGGGCGAUCUGAAAGCAGCUUUUGAAAAUAUAUAUCCUGUUUUAAAAGGAUUUAGAAAACAGUAAUAGUCUAAUUAUACAUUACAUGUAUAUAGAAAAGAGCUGUGUCAAGAAUGGACAAGUGAGGCAAUUGCUUCAAAUAAAAAAGGAGAUAAGAUGCAAAUUAAAAAAAUAUAAUACAUAAAAUAUUAAUGUAAAAAUGGUGUGCGGUUAUGAAGUUUAUCUCGUUUUAAAAACCUGUUGGCAUGGCUCUGCUGUUUAAAAACAGCUCUUUUCCCACCAGAUUUAUUUCGAUUUGUAUAUAAAUUGCAAGCAUAAUGCAAAAUGAAUAUUUUAUCAUUAUUAUGCUUGAAAUUUUUCACACAUGAAAAAUAUUUUUGUACAUUAAGUUUUGUAAAUAAAGACUUGUUAUGAAAAAAACUGAUGUUUAGUAAUGCAUUGGAA